GCAGCGCCCGCCCUUUCCGCUUCCGCCACCGGAGCCGCCGCCAUGAUCGGGGACUUGCUGCUCUGCGGGACGCUGCUGAUGAACGCCGGAGCCGUGCUCAACUUCAGGCUGAGGAGGAGAGACACGGAGGGCUUCGGCGAGGAGUCGAGGGAGCCCACGACCGGUGAUAAUAUCAGAGAGUUUCUGCUGAGUCUCAGAUAUUUUCGCAUCUUCAUUGCCUUGUGGAAUGUCUUCAUGAUGUUCUGCAUGAUUGUGUUAUUUGGAUCUUGAAAGUCAUCCACAAACACAUCAACUUGGAAGAGACUUUUGAAUGGACACCUAACUUUUCUAUCAAGUAAAAGAUUAUAAUGCUUUCAAAACACAGCCCUGGGAUUGUGGCCUGUUCUUCGGUACAAGCUCCUGCCACGCUCAGGGGACGCGACGCGUUCAUCCUCUUCAGCCAGUUGUGUAAUAAUAUGGUGCAUGCUGGUUCGCUUGCCGCGGGGGGGGGGAAUUGAGCCUUCAGGCCCCUGAACCAAAAUCUUCAAAGUAAAAUUAUUUCUAUGUUACUGAAAUAAAGAGAACUUUAAAUUGUUUUGCUAGGCUUAGAGUUCAGCGCAGGGUAGAACUGCAGCAUGGCUGAAGACCGCAGUCUUAAAGCUUUGCAUUGCUCGUCACUCCCGACGUGUCUGUUAAUGUCACCACUGUCCAGGUCACUUGGAAGUUGCACUUCUUGAUUCUCAUUUUCAUAAAAUAUUGGUGUGGCUUCUCACUAGUCCAUUUAGUUUUGUUGGAGAAAUAGAAAAGCAUGAUUAAGAAGAACUGGAUCCUCACCUUCCCACUGUUUUUCCAACAAAAUGCUCUUUAAAUUAAAUUUCAAAGAUAAGGGUUUUUUUCUAAGCAAUAUGUAAGGGAUUUUGAAUAGGAAAAAUAGCAAAAAUAAUUCUAUAAACCAAUCCUAAGGAAUAGUUUUGGAAUAAUCUUGGGUUUGGUUGAAUAAAGUUGUUCUAUUUAAGGGUAAAA